AUGAAGAGAAAGAUGGAAGAAAUGCCUGAAGACCAGCCUCCGAAUUCAUUGCCAAAGAAAUGGGAUACCAAAACCCUAAUGGAAGUUAGUGAGGCUCCACCAACCCCUGCUGCUGAUACUACCGGUAAAGCUGUUACUCCCGUCAAAUCCAUGGCCACAUCCAGAGUUACACGCCCAUUCUAUCAUGUUCCAACUAUGACAUUGAACCCUAGUCACAAGCGGAAGGCACCUGUAGACGAUAUAUUAUCUGCAACACACAAGCGCGUGAAGGAGGCUCGGAUCUUGAAGCGAUCCGCAGUAACAUUCCCUCCCCCCGGUCUUGCCAACUCCAGACAUGGUCCAUUUGAUGGGAUCGAGGGGGGUAACUCUAUCUUGGAGGAGCCUGAAAAGCUCCGCGUGGACAACUCCAUGGCUCUUGUUGCAGUUUACGAGGGCAUUUUGGAAACCCUAGCGCAGAUGAAUCUUGAUCUUCAGAAUCUGGAGGACAUGAUGUUGGAUUAUGGAUACAUUUCGGGAUAUGUGAGCGAGGACGAGCAUGCAGAAGAGGAGGAAUCAGAAUGGUCAUAUGCGGUGGAAUCCUGA